GGUGAAGGGAUCUUGAAGCAUUGAUAGCAGGAAAAUUUGGCAAGAAAAAAGACAAGGAGAGAACUGGUCAGGCAUGGAGUAUAAGGUGAAACCUGAAGAAUAUGCAUGGCUUGAAGGAAGUUAUGUAGGUACAGUUCACUCUGUUGAGAUGGUUAGGAAUUUGCAGGAGAAAUUUUACAUGGAAGGCUAUUUUUAUUGUCGAGUUCGAGUAAUGGGGGGUAAGUUAGUGCUACUCGAUUGUGAUGACAAAGAGGAACUAAAGGACUUGGUGGAGAUGGCCUCAAACUGGCUUGGACAAUGGUUUGAAGAGGUGGGCCCUUGGACACUAGAUAAGAUAACAUCUGAGAGGUUUGUAUGGAUUAGAUGUCAAGGAGCACCAUUGAAUGUUUGGGGAUCAGACUUCUUUGCAAAAAUGGGAUGCUCAUGGGGUAAAUUCAUGUGCUUGGAUGACAGUAUAAGUCAAAGAAGGAGGUUUGACAUUGCAAGAAUGCUGAUUUCCACUUCGAUAAUAGAGACAAUAUCAGCGUUGGAUGAACCUGAUGAUGUAGAGGUUGAAGAAGACGACGUGGAAAGCUGCAUAAGGGAGAACAACAGUGAACUCCAGCCCCAAGAUCCACAAGAGGAUGAUAAGACAACUAAAGCAGUGCCUAACAAUAUAGAAAAAGUUCAAAUUGUGAAUGAUGGUGAGCAUAAAGCAAGGGUAGAGAGGGUGGCGCAAAAGAGUGGGAAAUUGCUUGUCAUUGUUAUCGAAGAGCAGCAGAUGGCAUUUAUUGGGGGUAGAGAGUUGAUGGAUGGAGUGGUGAUUGCCAAUAAAGUGAUUGAUACGGCGAAGAGGAAAAAAAAGAAGAGCUUCCUUUUCAAAGUCGAUUUCGAAGAAGCAUAUGACAAGGAGUGCCUACAAUCCAAUAUGGUAUCCAUCAUGGUCAAUGAAAGUCCUUCAAGACAAUUCCUGGUUAGCAAAGGCCUUCGCCAAGUGGAGAAGGAGUUAUAUAAGGGCGUAACAGUUGGCAAGGAAGCUGUGAUGGUGACCUACCUUAAAUUCGCAGAUGACACCAUGUUUUUUGGGGAGGCAACAGAAGACAACAUAUGGGUGAUCAAAAGCAUAAUGAGGACUUUCAAGCUACUUUCAAGAUUGAAAAUAAAUCUACAAAAGAGCCAACUUAUGGGCAUCGGUGUUGAGGAAGACUCCUUUAAGAAGAAGCUGACAAGCUGGAAAGGUCAACAACUUUCUCUUGGUGGUUGGAUCACACUCAUUAAUUCUAUGUUGUCCAGUUUGCCUGUGUUCCUGAUGUCAGUCUACCUAAUCCCUAAAGGAGUUAGAGAUCUUAGGAAGUUUAAUUUGGCAUUGAUGGGUAAAUGGUGGGGGCGGUUGGCAGCAAAAGAAGAAGGCUUGUGGAGGAAAGUUAUUGUAGGGGAGAAAGAAUGCUACCAAAUGGGCAAAAUGUACAAUGGAACAUGGAAGUGGAACCUUACAUGGAGAAGAAAGUUGCUCGAAUGGGAAAAAGAGGAUGUAAUAGAACUCAAUACGGUGAUUGAGGAAGUGAAGAUAUCUCCCAACUGCCCUGAUAAAUGGGAGUGGUUACAUAGCAAGGAUAGCCUUGAUUCAACUACAACGGCAAACACACUUUUGGCAAAAGAACGGAGGAGGAGACUGGAUAUGUGCAGCAUGCCAGCACCAAAAUUUCAAGAAGAGAGAGACAUGUCACUGAUGUGGAUACCCGAAUUCGACAGCCCUGAUGUGGCCACUUUCCCGUACAACAGGACAGAGGUGUUGGCAGGAGACUGGUUCUGCUCUAACAUGAACUAUAAAGCUCAGAAUUAUGCUACUAGGACUAGCUGCUACGGAUGUGGAGCGUUGAAAAAUAUUGACCAUGGAGAUGGCAGUUGCCCUCCUGGAUGGAAAGCUGGUGACUGGAUUUGCCCCAGAUGUGGAGUGCAUAACUAUGCAAGCAGGACAGAAUGUUUCAAAUGCAAGGCACAAAGGGAUUUCGCGUUGAAAAAUAUUGACUAUGGAGAAAGCAGUUGCCCUCCUGGAUGGAAAGCCGGUGACUGGAUUUGCCCCAGUUGCCCUCCUGGAUGGAAAGCUGGUACUGGAUUUGCCCCAGAAAACAAAUUAAGUUCUCAAGGAACUUCGGACUUCAUUGCUUGAAAACUGUAUAUGAAUAAAGAACCAAUUCAUCAUGUUUGCGUUUUGUUGGAUAGAUGUGGAGUGCAUAACUAUGCAAGCAGGACAGAAUGUUUCGGAUGCAAGGCACAGAGGGAUUUCGGUGAGAAUUUUUAUGUCCAUAUUGUUGCACCAUUAUCUACUGUUGAUAGAGAAAACUGCUGCUCUUCAUUAAUUUAUCCUUUCUUAAUAAAUUUUUCCUUGUCUU